AUGGUGACCUAUCUAUUAGUUUUUUCAUAUCGGAUUCAUUCUGGCCAUUAUCUAUAUCUAUCUAUCUAUCUAUCUAUCUAUCUAUCUAUCUAUCUAUCUAUCAGUUCAAUUAUGUCUGUUGAUAUCUAUCUAUCUCUCUCUCUAUCUCAUUCAUUAUGUCUGUUAAUAUUCAUUCAUAUAUUAUCUAUCUAUCUAUCUAUCUAUCUAUCUAUCUAUCUAUCUAUUCAAUUAUCUCUUCUGUUCAUCUAUCUAUCUCAUCUUUCAAUCUAUCUAUUCAAUUAUCGGUCUGUGAAUAUAUUAAAAUUUGUUUAUAUCUAUCUAUCUAUCUAUCUAUGUUUCUGUGAAUAUUUAAAAUCUAUCUAUCUAUCUAUCUCUGUUCAUAUCUAUCUAUCUUUCUAUCUAUAUAUGUCAGUCUGUUCAAAUCUAUCUAUCUAUCUAUCUAUCUAUCUAUCUAUCUAUCUCUGUUCAUAUCUAUCUAUCUUUCUAUCUAUAUAUCUCAGUCUGCUCAAAUCUAUCUAUCUAUCUAUGUGCAGUAAAUAUGUUGGGCGUCUUUUUCUGUUUCUUUUUUUUAUUAAUUCCAUUUUCUCCAAGAAUCCAAAAGAAAACAUGGUUUUACUGGUAAGCAUUCCUCUAGAUAUUUGA